GGCCGGACUGGGGCCUGACGAGCCGCCGCUGCUGCAACCGUCUUCGCGGCUGCUAUGACCAGCGGGCAAGGCGCCCUCCGCAGCUCCGCGCAGCGCUAGUCGCGGCCGUGCGCCCGCCGUCGCUGUCUGGGUCCCCAGCGCAGCCGCUCCCGCGGCUCUCUCGGCUCUUCCAGCGCCGCCUUCGAGGCGAGGCGGAGGCAGGAUGAAGAUGACGGUGGAUUUCGAAGAGUGUCUGAAGGACUCGCCCCGCUUCAGGGCUGCUUUGGAAGAAGUAGAAGGAGAUGUGGCAGAAUUGGAACUAAAACUUGAUAAGCUUGUGAAACUUUGUAUUGUGAUGAUUGAUACCGGAAAGGCCUUUUGUGUUGCAAAUAAACAGUUCAUGAAUGGGAUUCGAGACCUGGCACAGUAUUCUAGUAAUGAUGCUGUAGUUGAGACAAGCUUGACCAAGUUUUCUGACAGUCUUCAAGAAAUGAUAAAUUUUCACACAAUCCUAUUUGACCAAACUCAGAGAUCAAUUAAAGCACAGCUUCAGAACUUUGUUAAAGAAGAUCUUAGAAAAUUUAAAGAUGCCAAGAAGCAAUUUGAGAAAGUCAGUGAAGAAAAAGAAAAUGCACUAGUAAAAAAUGCUCAAGUACAAAGAAACAAACAGCACGAAGUUGAAGAAGCCACGAACAUUCUGACAGCAACAAGAAAAUGUUUUCGACACAUAGCUCUCGACUACGUACUUCAGAUUAAUGUCCUUCAAUCAAAAAGGAGAUCAGAAAUCCUAAAAUCAAUGUUAUCUUUUAUGUAUGCCCAUUUGGCCUUCUUCCAUCAAGGGUAUGAUCUAUUUAGUGAACUUGGGCCCUACAUGAAGGAUCUUGGUGCACAGCUGGAUCGACUGGUUGUGGAUGCAGCAAAGGAGAAAAGAGAGAUGGAGCAAAAACAUUCUACCAUUCAACAAAAGGCUGCAUUACAGGAUUUCUCCAGUGAUGAUUCUAAGUUAGAAUAUAAUGUAGAUGCUGCAAAUGGCAUUGUUAUGGAAGGAUAUCUGUUCAAACGAGCCAGCAAUGCCUUCAAAACUUGGAACAGGAAAAAGCCCGAUCAUAUCAGACGCUGGUUUUCAAUACAGAACAAUCAGUUGGUUUACCAGAAAAAGUUUAAGGAUAACCCCACUGUGGUAGUGGAAGAUCUCAGGCUCUGCACAGUGAAACACUGUGAAGAUAUAGAGCGACGCUUCUGUUUUGAAGUAGUCUCUCCAACAAAAAGUUGUAUGCUUCAGGCAGAUUCUGAAAAGCUGCGCCAGGCAUGGAUUAAGGCUGUUCAGACCAGUAUUGCUACUGCUUAUAGAGAGAAGGGUGAUGAAUCAGAGAAGCUGGAUAAGAAAUCAUCUCCAUCCACAGGAAGCCUAGAUUCUGGAAAUGAGUCAAAAGAUAAAUUAUUGAAAGGAGAAAGUGCACUGCAGCGAGUCCAGUGUAUUCCUGGCAAUGCCAGCUGUUGUGACUGUGGUCUGGCAGAUCCACGGUGGGCCAGCAUCAACCUGGGCAUCACUCUGUGUAUCGAGUGUUCUGGAAUUCACCGGAGUCUUGGAGUUCAUUUUUCAAAAGUACGAUCUUUAACUUUAGACACAUGGGAGCCUGAACUUUUAAAGCUUAUGUGUGAGUUGGGAAAUGAUGUUAUAAAUCGAGUUUAUGAAGCUAAAGUGGAAAAAAUGGGAAUAAAGAAACCACAGCCGGGGCAAAGACAGGAGAAAGAGGCAUAUAUCAAAGCAAAAUACGUGGAGAGGAAAUUUGUGGAUAAAUAUUCUAUGUCAUCAUCACCUCCUGAGCAGGAAAAAAAGACUGUCUCCAAAAGUUCUGAAGAGAAGAGGCUGAGCAUUUCUAAACUUGGGCCCAGUGACCAAGUCAGAGUACCUCUCCAAAGUUCAGUCAAAAGCAAUGAUAGUGGAAUCCAGCAGAGUUCUGAUGAUGGAAGAGAAUCUUUACCCUCCACAGUGUCUGCCAAUAGUUUAUAUGAGACUGAGGGAGAACGGCAAGAUUCUUCUGUGUUUCUCGACUCUAAACAUUUUAACCCUGGACUCCAGCUUUAUAGGGCUUCAUAUGAAAAAAAUCUUCCUAAAAUGGCUGAGGCUCUGGCUCAUGGUGCAGAUGUGAACUGGGCUAAUUCAGAGGAAAAUAAAGCAACACCACUUAUUCAGGCCGUAUUAGGGGGUUCUUUGGUGACCUGCGAGUUUCUCCUACAGAAUGGUGCUAACGUGAACCAGAGAGAUGUGCAGGGGCGGGGCCCACUGCACCAUGCCACUGUCUUGGGACACACAGGGCAGGUAUGUUUAUUUCUAAAACGAGGUGCCAAUCAGCAUGCCACCGAUGAAGAAGGGAAAGACCCUUUGACUAUCGCUGUGGAAGCAGCCAAUGCUGACAUAGUGACUUUGUUACGUUUAGCAAGAAUGAAUGAAGAGAUGCGGGAAUCAGAAGGACUUUAUGGACAGCCAGGUGAUGAAACCUACCAGGAUAUUUUUCGUGAUUUUUCCCAAAUGGCAUCCAAUAAUCCAGAGAAACUAAAUCGUUUCCAGCAAGAUUCACAGAAAUUCUGAGUUUUUUAAAGGGGAAAAUAUUAAAUUGAAUCAUCCCCUAAUGUGUACAUCUGAAAUCUUACAAGUUUUUACUGCUUUAACUCUACUUAAUUUUAGUAGGUAUUGAGUGGUUUGGAAAAAAGGUACCCCAUUCAUUGAUAUUUUUUAUAAAUUAAAACGUAGGUCUCUAGUAGUUGGGAGAGGAACCUACUUUAGGACCUCUUUUAUUAAAAAAAAAAAAGAAGUCUGUUUAAAGGGCUAUUUUUUAUAGACAAAAUCUAGACUUAGGCCAUCUUUAGGUUACAAGAUGCUAAUAGUUUGGAUGAAAUCUCUGUUUUUGCCAAUGGGUAGCAUUGAUUUUUUUUUCUAUGCAUCAUGCCAAGGACCAUUCAGUCAAGCAUGUCUGCAUCAAAAUAAGAGCCAACUGUCCUGCCUGCCUGAAGAAUAUGUCUUUUCUUUAGCUUCCCUAAUGAAGUUUGGUGGUUCAAAAAUACUUUUUUUGUUGUUUUGUUUUGUUCUCUGGUAUCCUGUUAUACACACAAUAUGUAAUGUAAUUCUCAGAGCUAGAGAAUAUGUUUCCUCCAUUUGCUCAUAAAUAUAGUGAUAUUCCUUAGAUGUCUGGUUAUUGUUUAAGUUAACAUACGUGUAAUGGCUGUACAAGUAGACGUAACUCAGUCUUUCAGAUCUAUCCAAUUUUAUGAAGCAUAAAGAAGCCCUUAACAAUUUUUUUAAAAAAAUAACCAAAAGAACCUUACUUACAGAAGUUGUAGUCCUUCAUUGUUGGGUUGGUUUCCUAAAACCUUGACAAAUUUAUUGAUGUAAUAAAACUAUGUUUCAGAGGUUACUUGAAUGUUGAAAAUUAUACUUUUAUCAGAUUGUAACUUUCAACUGAUUAAGUUAUAAUGUAGAGCAUUUUUGUAUUCAAAAUUUCUCCUUUUCAAGAUAACUUUGCUAUUGCACUGAGUGAAAGAAAAAUUUCUGGAAAAGAAAAAUCUCAAGGUUUUCUCAGUUUAUACUAAAAUAUGUAAUGAUAAAUUGCUUUUUAAUUUUUUCAACAUCUAUCCUUUGUAUACAGUAUACAGUAUUUUAAAUUAUACCAUCUAUGUAUCUUUAGUAGUUGGUUACAUGAAACACCCUUGAAUUCCAGAACAUGGAUCUACUAAUUUACACGUAAAUGCUAUAAAUUUGUCUGAUUUCGUCUUUGAUUGACAUAUCUUGUCAGGAGUACAAAAUAAUUAAGUAAUUUGCCUUAUAGUUUCUAAUAUUGUCAAGAAUUAAGUUUAAUCUUCUUUUACAUGAUGUCGUAUUAUUGAUACUCGGUUUCUAAAUAAGAGUUUUUAAAAUUUGCGCUACCAAAUAAGUAGAAAAAUUAUAUUUAAUUUGGUAGAUAAAAUAAAUUUUAAACAUAAAAUUUCCUAACAUCCCUCCCUCCAGUAACUAGAGUUUUUUAAGUUGAUUGCAUGUCAAACCAGGAUUUAACUAAACAGGAAUUAGACUGAAGUAAAUUCUUGUCACAGAAAAGUUUCCAUAUUUGGCCAAAUUGUAUGCCUACAAUGCUUAUUUAGUAAUAAUCACCAUAUAUUAGAUAAGGAUAAAAUAUAUUUGUGUUAUUUCUAAAAAAAUGUUAACUUCCCUGGCCUGUAUUUUAAUUAUGACAGUAACAAAAACAUUAAAUCUUCCUGUUUCUCACCUCAGAGUCACAGAUCAUUUGGCUUUGCACAGAUCUGGUCUGUAACAUUUUUAUUAGAGUGUACUUUGAAGUUGUCCAAAAAGUUCAAGGAUAAGUUAUGUUAGAAAUAUGUUAAAAAUGAACAGAAAGAAAAAGAGAAGCUCACUUUUCCUUUGUAGUACCUAUUCUGGUUAAUCACAGGGCUUCACUUCUAAAUCUCCUAAGCUUUAUCUGAGGAAGCCUGAACAGUUUUGCUUUGGGAUCCAGCCAUUGGUGCUCCAGAUCAUCUCUGGGGCCUCUGGUCGUGAAGGCAGUUCCUUAUGACACUCUUACCAAUGUGGCUGGAGUCGUGAGUUUUAUUAAUGUUAGUAUAAUAAAAGUUUCAUUAAACUUAGUUUCUACUUAAAUUUAAUGGUUAGAGAUGUAUUUGAAGAUGAUCAUGGUUCUGAAUAUCUUCAGAGAAACUAAAUCUUUAUCAGUAUAGAGAGCCUGACAAUACAAAAAUACAUUCCAGUGGCUUGAUUUCUUGAAUAUGCCAUGACCCAAUUUGGAUGAAAUUUGGCAGAAACGAUGCAGUAAAUAUAGCAAGGCUCUUAAGUAAAUUAAUAGUUAUAAGUAGUUACAAAGUAGAUUGGCUCUUACCAAGGUGAUUUAGCUGCGUCAACUAAUAGCUUUUAUAUAGUAUGUAACAAAUCUGAGUUUUAUGCUGUGAAUUUUUCUCAAUGCAUUAUGAGAAAGUACAGUGUGAACAAUGUUAACCAUACUUUUGGGAUUCAUAAGUCAAUGUGAUAGCUCUUUGUUUUCUUUCCUUAACUGAUCUGCUUAUAUUAAUUUCUGGUUCCUUGUCAGUGCUCUAUUAGCUUAUUGUUCUAGCACAUUAACUUAAAAGCUAGAUUAACAUCAAAAUAAAAUAGCAGUACUAUGAAGAGCUCAUAAAAUGCAGUCUCACACCAGAACUAGACUAAAGGUAAUUGAGUAGUUAUUUGUAGUUUAUGUUUAAGAUUUCUAAGGUUUUUAAAAUUUACCUUUGGUACAAUUCUUAGAAAUUCAGAAAUUUCUAGGGAUUCAGUAAAUUUCCAGGGAUUCAGAACCUAAUUUUUAUUGGUAUUCUUUACUGGUAGAUUUUAGUGAGCUUUGAUGUUUACUUUCCAAAACAUAUAAUUUAAUUUGGAAUAUGUACUUAGGUUCUUCAUGAGUGCAUGUUGAAAAAAAAUUAUAUCUUCACAGUCUGGACAACUUAAGUUUGUGAUGUGUUAGGCAGUAUUUUAAAAAAUAUAAUUUUACACAUGUGAGGUAUGGUGACAAUAAACCAAAUUGUAUUUAAGACUAAACUUAGUACUCAUUUUGAAUAAGAAGACAUUCCCAUAGCACUCGCAUAUUGUCAUAUUAACUUUCCUGUUUGAUAGCACUUUUGAUCAUGGACAGGAGCAGGAAAAAUGAUAUAUUUUUAUAGAAUUAUUAUGUCCAGAAUGACUUCCACCUGCAUGUUAUAUGGAAAGAGCACUGACUAGUAGUUACUACCCUUUUUGGAUUCAGAGCUUCUCACAAAUAAAAGGAGUGGAUAAAACAUGGUGAAACUAUAACACCAUCCUUUUGUGUGCUGUUCUGCUCACAGUGUAUGUUGACAUUGCUUUAUCUCACCUGAUUCUGACAGUAGGAUUUCUGCGAUAUUAUUCUAAGAAUGCCAACAUUUCUUUUCUUUGAUCCUGGGAUUUUCCUCUUGGUUUACAGAGGGGAGUCAUUGAUUUGCUGGUUGGUGGCGUAACUGGCCCCAGAACCCCUGUCUGACUGACUACUAGUCGGAGGCACUUUACUUGUAUCGGGAGAUGUUUUGAAAUCAUUGUAAAGCAGCAAAAUCUGAUAAUGACUGCCAGCUUUCCUUGUGUUUUCAUAGCAAAGACUCCAAAUACUCAGGAGAACCUGGUUAUAAAAUUACCUUGAAGGAAUAGAUACGGAUUUGAAGACAUUGAAUGGUAGGAAACAUUACAUUUUUGUAAAAGCAAACAUUAAUGAAAGCAAAACAUGGUAAGGUGAUUUUAAUUUACCAUAUACUUAUCAAAUUCUUGAUGUUUCCAAAUGAAAGGUAACUAAAAGGGCCUUGGAUUCAGUUUGGCUAAAUAAUUACAUCCAUAAACAUGGUUUCGUAGAUAUCCUUUCCCAAUUACAUAGAUUUACCCACUUAAAAUAAUGAAAUAAUAAGGGGAGGGAAAUAAGGUUUGAUUAAUCUUUUCUCUGCAUUGGUCUUUUCACUGUAUUAUGUUUUAGAUUUUCUUAUUUUUCCUCAACAACCUCCUGCAGAGGGUGUUCAUUUUAAACAGGGAAAGCUUGCUACAUUAUGAAGAUUGCUGGCACCGUUUAUUUUACACAAAGGCUAAAGGUUAACUUUUGGAAAUGAUGAGCUACUUUUCUAUAUGUGUUUAUCUGUGCUUUGUGGUAUUUCUGGAUCAUUCCAGUCAUAAAGAUUUAUUACAUGUAAUAUUUCUUGCUACCUGUGAAAAGGCAUAUUUUAUAGAAUGUAUAACCAACACUCCAUUUACUUUUUAUUAGUAUGUAGAGGUUUUGUAUCUAAUUCAUGAAUGUAGUUUUACUGUAGUUUGUCAUUGUAAAUGGAGCAAAGUACAUAUCUUUAUAGUUACUCUAAAAUGUACAUUAUGUAAGAAUUGUAAAUAUUAUACUUGAUUAAAUACUUUGUAUGCGGAAAAAUUAUGAUAAUAAGUCAAUAAAAAUCUCACCUCUGGCAUAGUU